AUGUCGAGCGACCAGCAGGCCGCACUCUCUGCCUACCGCAGCAAGCUCCUUCAGCACCGCGAGCUUUCGUCCCGUGUGCGUGAGCUGCGGGCGCAGGUGAAGCAGCAGCAGAAGGACUACGACAAGUCUGAGGAUGACCUUACGGCGCUGCAGUCUAUCGGGCAGAUCAUUGGCGAGGUGAUCCGGCAUCUGGACGGUGACCGGUUCAUUGUCAAGGCCUCGUCCGGCCCGCGUUACGUGGUGGGGGUGCGGACCAAGCUCGACAAGGCGAAGCUUGUGCCGUCGACGCGCGUGGCGCUGGACAUGACGACGCUGACGAUCAUGCGGAUUCUUCCGCGCGAAGUGGAUCCGCUGGUGUUCAACAUGGUGUCUGAGGACCCGGGCGACGUGUCGUACUCGUCGAUUGGCGGGCUCGCCGAGCAGAUCCGCGAGCUCCGCGAGGUUGUAGAGCUCCCGCUCAUCAACCCGGAGCUCUUCCUCCGCGUGGGCAUCAAGCCGCCAAAGGGCACGCUGCUCGCGCGUGCGGUGGCGGCGCAGAUGAACUGCUCGUUCCUCAAGGUCGUCUCAUCGGCCAUUGUGGACAAGUACAUCGGCGAGUCUGCACGGGUCAUUCGCGAGAUGUUUGCGUGGGCCAAGACCAACGCUCCGUGCAUUGUGUUCAUGGACGAGAUCGAUGCCAUCGGCGGCAAGCGGUUUAACCAAGGCACGUCUGCCGACCGUGAGAUCCAGCGGACGCUCAUGGAGCUGCUCAACUGCAUGGACGGGUUCGACACGCUCGACGGCGUCAAGAUUGUCAUGGCCACAAAUCGGCCCGACGUCCUCGACCCGGCCCUCCUCCGCCCGGGCCGCCUCGAUCGCAAGGUCGAGAUCCCGCUGCCUAACGAGGAGGCCCGCCGCGACAUCCUCACCAUCCACUCGGCAAAGAUCGUCAAGAUGGGCGAGCUCAACUUUGACUCGGCCGUCCGCCUCUCCGACGGCUUCAACGGCGCCGAUCUCCGCAACGUGUGCACAGAGGCCGGCCUCUUUGCGCUCCGCGAUGACCGCGCCUACGUUACCGAGGGCGACUUCAUGAAGGCCGUCCGUAAGAUCCGUGAGGCCAAGAAGCUCGAGACCAAGCUGGAUUACGGCAAGGUGUAA